CGAAGCAAAACUGCGGCCGCGUUGCCCGCUGGGAAAUGUAGUUCAGUGGUGACCAAGCCCACCAGGCCCGGGCGCUACAGGAAGGCGGGCAAACUGGGAGCGCUUGAAUACCGGAUGCCUUGGUUGGACAGAGGCUGUUUUAGCAAGCGUUGUGCCAUGCUUUUGCCAACUUUCCGAUUAAAGGUUGACAUUCCUGCGUAAGCAUUUCCGUGUUAAAAUGUCCUUGCCUCUUACAGAGGAGCAGAGGAAAAAGAUUGAAGAGAAUCGACAAAAGGCUCUGGCCCGUAGAGCAGAGAAGUUAUUAGCAGAACAGCGUCAGAGCACAGGCUCGGGCUCCUCCUUUGCUUCCAACCCUUCCCAGUCCAAGCAGGUUCCUUGCCAAAAUCUCCCGAGGGAGCCUUCUAAGCCAGUAAGCCAUGGUGUCAUUGUCAAGCAACAGAAUCUCAGUAGUUCAUCUCAUAGUGACCAAAGACCUCAUAAUUCCCACAGUUUUCAUCUCAACCUACCAGAGCAGACAAAAGGGAUAUGGAAGAGGCAAGAAGAAAUGUCCACAGCUUGCCCAAGCCGCGGCCCACCAAGUCAAGUGACUCUCACUGGAAUCUCCCUUCCCUUGGCACAAAGUCCUCCAGAGGUCCCAAACUCACAGCUCUCGGGUUAUGAGUUAGGUCAAGGUCAUCCUCAGUCUUCACAUGAGAUGAGAUUGACACCUUUUGCUACCAUGGGGCAAAACAUUUCUGACGUCCAUUGUGGCUCAGGGAGUGUAACGCCCAGGACAGAAGGAGCACUCCAACCGAUAUUUGAAUCCUCACUCCAAAAAGCAGGAAUCUCCCAGAAGGGAACAUGCAUAAGGAAAGGAGAUCGGUUCCAGGUGAAGAUAGGGUACAAUGCGGGACUUGUUGCGGUGUUUAAGAGUCUGCCCAGCAGAAGUUAUGAUCCUGAUACCAAGAUGUGGGACUUCAGCAUGAAGGACUACAGUGCCCUUAUGAAAGCAGUCCAGCGUCUCUCCAUGGUCACCCUGGAGCCUUUGAAAGGGGCUGAUGGCAGCAGGGAGUCACCCUCCACCAGCAUCGAGGGACAGGCCAGCCUUCCUUCAGCUCCGUCCCUUGCCUUUGUCAAGGGGCAAUGCAUGCUCAUCUCACGGGCCCGCUUUGAGGCAGACAUUGGUUAUUCAAAGGACCUGAUCGCACUAUUUAAACAAAUGGAUUCCAGAAAAUAUGAUGUCAAGACCAGGAAGUGGAGCUUUCUCUUAGAAGAGCACAAUAAACUAAUUAAAAUGGUACGCGACCUUCCACAAGUUCAGCUGGAUCCCCUGCCCAAAACGCUCACCCUGGCUUUUGCUUCUCAGCUGGAGAAGACGUCUCUUCAUCCCACGGCAGAUGUCCCAGAGGCAGACCUUUCUGAAGUGGACCCCAAGCUCGUGCUUAAUCUGAUGCCCUUUCAGAGAGCUGGAGUCAAUUUUGCCGUAGCAAAAGGAGGCCGCCUGCUGCUUGCCGAUGACAUGGGCCUGGGGAAGACCAUCCAAGCUAUCUGCAUAGCAGCCUUCUACCGGAAGGAGUGGCCGCUCCUGGUGGUGGUACCUUCCUCUGUGCGCUUCACCUGGGAGCAGGCCUUUCUUCGGUGGCUGCCAUCUCUGAGCCCAGAAGAUGUCAACGUCGUGGUGACUGGGAAGGACCGCUUGAGAGCUGGCUUGGUCAACAUUGUCAGUUUUGACCUGCUUAGCAAGUUGGAAAAACAGCUAAAGCUACAAACCCCUUUUAAAGUUGUCAUCAUUGAUGAAUCUCACUUCCUCAAAAACAGUAAGACUGGCCGCUGCCGAGCAGCUCUGCCCCUCCUAAAGGUUGCCAAGAGGGUGAUCCUACUGUCGGGCACACCAGCCAUGUCCCGGCCCGCAGAGCUCUACACACAGAUCAUUGCAGUCAAGCCAACUUUCUUCCCUCAGUUUCAUACCUUUGGACUUCGCUACUGUGAUGCCAAGCGGAUGACUUGGGGGUGGGAUUACUCGGGCUCCUCCAACCUGGGAGAGCUGAAGCUGCUGCUGGAGGAGGCCAUCAUGCUGCGGCGCCUCAAGGCCGACGUCCUUUCCCAGCUGCCUGCCAAGCAGCGCAAGAUGGUGAUGGUCGCCCCAGGGCAGAUCAGUGCCAGGGCCAGAGCUGCCCUGGAUGCUGCAGCCAAGGAAAUGACCACCAAGUUCAAAACUAAACAGGAGCAGAAAGAAGCCCUCAUUCUCUUCUUCAACAGAACAGCUGAAGCUAAAAUCCCAUCUGUCAUCGAAUAUAUCCUGGACCUACUAGAAAGUGGAAGAGAAAAGUUUCUAGUGUUUGCACACCAUAAGGUGGUUCUGGAUGCAAUUACUAAAGAGCUUGAGAGAAAGCACGUGCAGCACAUCCGCAUCGAUGGCUCCACCCCCUCCGCGGACCGGGAAGACCUGUGCCAGCAGUUCCAGCUGUCCGAGAGGCACGCCGUAGCGGUGCUGUCCAUCACUGCCGCCAACAUGGGCCUCACCUUCUCCUCUGCUGACCUGGUGGUGUUUGCCGAGCUGUUUUGGAACCCAGGGGUGCUGAUCCAGGCUGAGGACCGGGUGCACCGCAUAGGACAGACAAGCUCCGUGGGCAUUCACUACCUCGUGGCGAGAGGCACGGCUGACGACUACCUUUGGCCCCUGAUUCAAGAGAAGAUUAAAGUUCUGGGGGAAGCCGGGCUUUCUGAGACCAAUUUCUCAGAAAUAACAGAAGCCACUGAUUACCUCUACAAGGACCCAAAGCAGAAGAAGAUCUAUGACUUAUUCCAGAAGUCCUUUGAGGAAGACGGAAGUGAUGCGGAGCUCCUUGAGGCAGCAGAGUCCUUUGACCCAGGAAGUAGUUCCCAGGACACAGAGGACACCAUGGAUGAAAGCACACUGACAGCCAGUCCACCAAAGAAAAGAAGAUUUGAAUUUUUUGAUAAUUGGGACAGCUUUACCUCUCCCCUGUAAAAGGGGUAAAAUAAUAACAGCAAUAAUAAUAAUAAUAAUCAUGGGAUUAAUAAAUAAAUUAAGGUAUUUUAUUUUUAA